GCAACUGCAACAGCGCCUGAAGAGCACCUGCUGCAGCCAGGAUACCCUAUAAACUAUACAGGAUACCGAUCCUAAAAAUAUAAGAUUUACUUUGGUUGGAAGCAUCGUCAUCGCAACACAAUGAAAACGCAAGUUAAGCAACUUGGCCUUAUGCUAGUAGUUGUUGCAAUCCACCAACUUGCAACCUGCAGAGCUCAAGGGUGCAAUCCAAGCCCGUGUCUGAAUGGUGGCUUGUGCUUCAGUUCACUCACCAGACCCAGUGGUUUCAUUUGUAUCUGUUCCCAAGAAUAUUACGGACAGCUCUGCCAAAAUCUGGUAACCGCCUGCGCACCGAACAAUCCCUGUGAAAACAGCGGGCAGUGUGUGCUUUCCACCAGCGCUGCCGAGGGACGAGUCUGCCUGUGUCAGAGUGGUUACUCGGGGGUCAACUGCACGAUUCGUACCGCCCCACAAAAUGGCUGCAGCCCAGACCCCUGCCAAAAUGGUGGAUUGUGCUAUGUCAGUUCAACUUCAGGAUCUUACCGAUGUAUCUGCAACAGAGGAUACUCCGGCAAUAACUGUGACAUUCUUGACCCGCUCUGUUCUCCCAACCCGUGCCAGAAUGGUGGCUCUUGCACCGUCCAUGCCAGCUCGACAGGCCGGACAAGUCGGUGUCGGUGCCCCUCAGGUUUUGCAGGUGAAUUCUGCAAUGUUACAGCCAAUCUUUAUGAUUGUACCGAGAACUCCUGUCUUAACGGUGGUAGUUGCUUCGCCUCAACUCAAACGCCAGGAACCUAUCGCUGUUUCUGCCGGACAGGAUAUACCGGAGAGUACUGCGAAACACUUGAUCAAACUCCACAACCGAAUGGAUGUAAUUCGAACCCCUGUGCAAAUAAUGCAUCGUGUAUGAUCUCUCACGCCAACUCAUCUCACUAUUACUGUCUCUGUCCAAUGGGUUACCAAGGAGAGAACUGCCAAGAGGCAUCUUGCGGUACUGGUAGCUCACCGUGUCUGAAUGGUGGUACUUGUGUGCUUACCAUGGGGGGCUUCCGAUGUGAGUGUGCUCGAGGCUAUGGAGGAACACUCUGUCAGACAAUGGUGACGUGUGAGAUCAAUCCAUGUCAGAACGGUGGUUCUUGCUACAGCGAUUUCCAGGGUGGGGUGACGUAUAUGUGCCGGUGCUCCAACGGGUUCAAAGGUCACGACUGCGACAAAAUAGAUCCUUGUCUAAGCAACCCUUGUGGUAGCAACCGAAGAUGUCUGAUGGAGGAGGAUGGUUCUUAUGUUUGCUUGUGCCAAUGCAGACCUGAUGGAACUUGUGAAAUUCCAGGAUCAACCUGUCUAAGCUCGCCUUGUCUGAAUGGCGGCACCUGUCGACCGAACAUCGACGAAGGCUACACCUGCCAAUGUCCAUAUGGAUACGCAGGGGACCAGUGCGAGAUUCGUAAUGAUACCACUAGCUGCCCGUCGAAUCCAUGUCAAAAUGGCGGCGUGUGUUCCUCCUCUGGGGUCGCCUUCACUUGUACUUGUGCAGCGGGAUAUUUUGGCACUCUAUGCCAGUACAGUUUUUGCAGCAGCUUGCCGUGUCAAAACGGCGGAUCCUGCCAGCUUACCGCCAGCGGUUACCGAUGUCAGUGCGCUCAGGGGUACUUCGGCACCUACUGUGAGAACUCUGAACAAGUAGGUUGCGCUUCAGACCCCUGCAAUAACGGUGGAUUAUGCUACGAUUCCCCAACAAGUCCGGGAGCUUACUUCUGCGUGUGCGCGGAAGGAUACGCCGGGACUAAUUGCAACAUUUCCGCUAAUGCCUGUGUAAGCCGACCAUGCCUAAAUGGUGGCACCUGUGAACCUCGUUCUACCGGCUUCCAAUGCCAAUGUGCACAAGGCUACAUCGGAACUUACUGCCAAACACGCAGGGACGAUUGUUCUCUAAACCCUUGUCAAAAUGACGCCAGCUGUUCUGUCUCUGGGAAUCUAGUCUUGUGUAGCUGUCAGACAGGAUAUUUUGGCGAUCGCUGUCAGUUCUUGGGAGGAACCUGCUCUCCUAACCCCUGUCAAAAUGGCGGGGGCUGUUCUGUGGCCGGGGGAGUCGUAUCGUGUACCUGUGCUCAAGGGUAUUAUGGUAACCUGUGUCAGUUCAGUGCUGCUUGUACCAGUUCGCCUUGUCUCAACGGCGGCACCUGUCAAGUUCAGGCCAGUGGCUACCGUUGCAUGUGCCCUAUGGGUUUUAUCGGCACACGAUGCCAAACUACAGACGGUGGGCAUAUAGGCCAGUGCUCGCCUAAUCCCUGCGAGAAUGGCGCCACGUGUUCCUCAUCUUCAUCUGGUUUGUUCACCUGUAUUUGCCCACUUGGGUUCUUUGGGCAUUUCUGCCAAUCUCACCAGGCAUGCCUGAGCUCACCAUGUUUCAAUGGCGGAACCUGCCUUCCUGAAGGCCAAGGCUACAGGUGUCAAUGUCCCCGAGGCUACAACGAUUCGCGAUGCCAGACGGGUAGUGAACCACUGCAUAGCUGCUCGUCAAAUCCUUGUCAGUACGGAGGAACCUGCGAGCCGAAUGGCACAACUAGCUUCACCUGUAGGUGCACUCAGGGAUUUUCAGGAAUUCACUGCGAGAAUGCCGAUAAUCCGGCUUGUGUAAUUCUCAUGACCCAAAGCGAUAACUGUGGUGGCAGGGGACAGUGUGAUACAACGGCUGACAACCAAGUCAAUUGCCUCUGCGACUCUCCUUUUUUCGGUAUCCAUUGUCAGUUUAACUCCAUAGGUAUCCCGCAGUUCAUGGUGGACUUCUUCUGCCCAAAUGAGGCCGCUAAGCGUGCGACCUACAGCGGUUGUCAUGCCGUGUACCGUGAUUCCACAGGUUGUAGCGGACAUGGCUGUUGUAGCUGGGACUCUCGAGGAGGAGAAAAGUGCGAAUGUUUCCGAGGAUAUGGCGGACCAUAUUGUGAACGAUUCUACGGUUGAAGUUAACGUUAACCGAAACAAGUGGGAUCGCAACUACAACUGGCAUUCGGACUGGUACUGGUAUCGGAAACCAUAUUUCACACAACACGCUGGGGUAAUCAGACUUGAAAAAGGCUAUAAUGGAGGAUGCUUUUCAGUGGGCAGUAAAGCAUGACAUUUCAACAGGGAAAUCUUCCACAAGGCUUGACGGCUAGUCUCCUUUCAAGACUUGCAAAAAAUUUCCAGUAGAAAAGUAUAUGAUUCAUCCCUGGACUGCUGUGUGAUAAACAUACCUGGACCUGGUACAAGGUGGAGUCAUCGGAAACCAACAACUGCUGCGGCCACAGGUAUUGCUAUCAGUUUAGCUUCUGAUGCGAAUCCAACAGUUUUUAUGAAGGUGUUAUUUGCAGCUUGCGAAUUUCCCGUUGAAUGAAAUUGGGGUUCCUUUUCGUAUCAAACUGUAAAUUGUUUCAAACACUGUUUCAUAUCUGCCAGUAAGAAUGUAUUCGUCUGUGAUCCCCCUUUAUGCUUACAAGAAGUUGAACUUGUGGAAAAAAUUCCUGACUGGAGAAUAUCUUGACCUCAAUGUAAUGUCUUUUACGCUGAUGAUUGAUUUCACCACUUUAAAUGAGAUCGUAGUCGUUGCUUUUUCAAAUUGCUUGUAAAAUGCAUUUCUUAUUCUUUUAUCAUUGUCAUCAAAUACCUUAAACGAUAAAAUGUAACAAUGUGACGAAUUAAUACUGUUUCUAUUUUUGAGGUAUUUUUAAAGCCCCGUGAAAGCUUUUGAUUGUUUCAGAAUUGCUAAAUUUGUCUCUAGAAUCUAUGGUUAGCAAUUAAAACACAAUGUUGCUAUCGCAUUGUAGAUAUAUUUAAAUGUCAAACAUUAGAUGUCCAAUUCCUAAACAUCAGUGUCCAAUGGCUAAACUAUAUCAAUCACAACUCUAAACACGUUUAGUAUUUAAACAUAUAUUUACAAUAUAAUUGCGAGAAUGUGUUAGGCCUAUAAAGGUGAACAUGGUUUAACACAGUUUUUAGAGAACUGUUUCCAGAACACAAAAUAGGCAUUAUUCAUACUGCAACUUAUUAUAUUGCUGGUAGUCAACUUGUGAAAGGGGACAACGUAAUAGGUUCACGCAUCUGAAAUGAGCAGCAAUGUGGAAAACCACUGGCCCAUUUUUCUCAACCUUUCGAGCGGAAUAUUGGCAAGGUACAAGGCAAACGUAGGGCGUCGCUUUGACCUCUAAUCUGGCGUAUUAAAGCAAUGAAAACUUGCAUUUUUAAGAACUGCAAUUUUAAGAACUGCAAUUUUUAGACUGUGUUGUCUCGGGUGUAGAAUGUUUUCGUGUUUGUAAUUGUGGAAUUUGACAGAAAGUUUUCCGGGCGAAUUUAUUUUGUCGUGUGAUCGUUUAAACCACAUCACCUUUCACUACUUUGGCCUCCUGUUUUUUGUUCUUUUUCAUGGUAAGAGAUUUACGUUAGAAUUCUUUUCAUACGUUCUUAGACCGCUUCUUGGGUCUUCCAAACAUGUACCUUAUACGCGAAGAUAAACAUAUCCAUGUGGCUGUUCUAAAAUAAUAAUGUAAAUAGCACCGCGAGUAGUUUAGCAAUUAAUAAAGUAUAAUGUCUGUAGUUUUUCAUUAAUAAUCCAAAUUCGCUGCACAUAAAGUAAACUAUAGAUUAUGCCUUUUGUUUUUGUACUCAAACGACGAGAUAGCGAUGUACGACACAUGGCUGUUCAGACGUGUUUUGUGGGUAGCUCUUACAACUGUUAUAAGGAAUAACCGAAAGAUGUAUACGGGCGAUUUACAAGAGGUGCGCCACCAAGAGUUUGCAACACGUUGGCCAAUCAUAACGCGCGAAA